AUGGUACAAGGAAACAAAGUCAGCUUCGUGGUGAGUGAAAACACUAAAGAAACUCCCUCUGCAGGCUUACAGUUUUGAAACCGAAAAAUCCUUUUCGAAAAUAGACUGUCCGAUUAUCUUAUACCGCAACAGAUUUGAUAAGUAGGUUCAAUUUUGCCGAUGAGUGUCUUUUUAGUUAGUUAUCACAACUUCGUCGUCAAAAUGUGGCGAGAGCAAAAACGAUAGCAAAGCCCUGCCGUAGGAACGUGCGUCAGCUUACUAUAAGAUCAUUAGCAUUUUGAUUUCUCUCACGAUUCACAACUAAUCGAUGACACCACACAUGGCAAAACAAAAUGAUCUAUGAGUCUGUUAUUUGAGAAAAGUUAGAACGCGGUUUAAAGUCGUUGGCUCUCAAAAGUUGUUCACAGGUACCUUUAAGGAGAGUUCUCGGCGGGAAAAUGUAAUGCCCCGAGAAUCGCCGGGACUUUUUUCGGAAGUACUACCCUUUGCACUACCGCAAUAGAUGCAGUGAAUUUCUUGCUUUCGGAUUGGCUGUAGUGGCAUGGGAUACUUUGAGGUACUGUGUAAAUGGUUAUCGGAUGAAUGCUAUUUGUAUUUUUAGUUAUGCUCCUCUAAAUUCUGUAGAGCCUAUUCACUCAUAUGGCCUACGCCUAUGCAAAGUUAUUGGAACAAAAGGACGUUUUUACAUGAAAAGUUUCAACUCCCACGGUAAUGGUUAGGAAAACCAACAAUGCCGCCUUUCUAUUGCUUUUUAAUUUGGGACACUAAUAUGGCGGACGUAUCGUCAUGUAAAAGUGCUCUAUUUAAAACCCAAGAGGCAUUCAAUCGGAUUCGUGGGUAAAAAGUCUUGCUGGAGGAGCAUUCCUAAGAAUCCCUUUCUGAUACUUAUGUGUCUAUCGUAAUUGAUAAUAAUCGUCAGUAGUAAUAACUUCAUCAUUGAAUUGUUAAAAAUAGAAGAUAUACCGUCGAUCUUUUGCUUUUUCAGAAUGUCUCCUGCCACAGUAAAGAUAAUGUCAAUAAAGUAGUUUGGUUUAAUUAUGAAGUACAAGAUAUCAAGAGUAAGAAAGCACGUUAUCGUGUGUUUUACUACAAACAAGGUGGAAGUUUCAUGUGUCUUACUCGCGACUGUACUGGAACCUUGAAUGUAACUCGUAUUAACUCCCCAUUAAACCGAAACUGUUCCUUUUCCACUUAUAAUAAUUUAUGA